AUGACUCUCUGCAACGACCUCGAAGACGACGAGAUCACGCCUUGCCCCCUCUUCUUGGACUGGCAAGAGGGGUACUACAAGACCACCCAGUCAAUCCUUUCCUGGCUACAUGGAGCCGAAGCAGCACAAGACGCCCUUGCCAAUUUCCGCGUCGCCCACCCAGACGUGCUUCCCUGGGCCUUCAUGAACGACCCACUAUACAACAUAGUGGCGGACAACGACGACCUCCCUUCUGAUGUAAAAUCAUCGGAAGUGCCAGAGGAGCUGCCACAGAGCAGAAUGACGGUCUGGAAGAAGAUCGUCCGCCCCCGAACUUGGGUGGCAGGUGUGAAGGCUUUCCGUGGGUCUUCCAAGGAGGCGCUCAACAGUCUCCGACACAAGAUGACCGGUUGGGCUAGCUAG